AUGAACACUAAGAACAUCGGUGUGGAUUUUUUGCGAAGCAAAACGUUGCGAAGGAAGAUUUCUAACGGGAUAAGCAGACGUGCUCGUAGAAAGGAUGGACAACCGAGAGAUCAGCUGGUACGAUUUUCGCCCAUACUACUCGUGGACUCAGCCACCAACGACAUCAAAGAAGACUGUGGAUGUCCGAAGCAAGAGACAGGUACCUACUGA